UUCAAAAGCUGCCCAAGCAACAUAGAACCACAAAAUCUAACACUUAUAUCAGAAGUCCAUCUCAUGAGACUCUCAGAUUAUCCAGAACUGCAUCCCAUCCUUUAUGGACUCUUCCUGUCUAUGUACCUGGUCACAGUGCUUGGGAACAUUAUUAUGAUUCUGGCUGUCAGCUCUGAUUCUCACCUCCACACCCCCAUGUACAUCUUCCUCUCCAACUUGUCCUUGGCUGACAUCUGUUUCAUCUCUACCACAAUCCCAAAGAUGAUUGCAAACAUCCAAACCCAGAGCAGACUGAUCUCCUAUGUAGGUUGCCUGACACAGAUGUUAAUUUUGAUCCUUUUUGGAUGUAUGGAUGGGAUGCUUCUGACUGUGAUGGCUUAUGACAGAUUUGUGGCCAUCUGUCACCCACUACAUUACUCAGCCAUCAUGAGCCCUCAUUUCUGUGCCUUUUUAGUUUUAUUGUCUUUUGUGUUUAGCCUUUUGGACUCUCAGAUGCACAAUUUGAUUGUCUUACAAUUUACUUACUUCAAGGAUGUUGAAAUUUCCAAUGUUUUCUGUGACCCUUCUCAACUCCUUAAUCUUGCCUGUUCUGACACCAUCCCCAAUAACGUAGUCAUGUAUUUUGUUGGUGCCAUAUCUGGUUUCAUUCCUAUCUCUGGAAUUUUCUUCUCUUAUUACAAAAUUGUUUCUUCACUUCUGAGACUUUCAUCAUCAGGUGGGAAGUAUAAAGCCCUUUCCACCUGUGGGUCUCAUCUGUCAGUUGUUUGCUUGUUUUAUGUAACAGCCACUGGAGUGUACCUUGGUUCAGCUGUGUCAUAUUCUCCCAGAAACUGUGCAGUGGCUUCAAUCAUGUACACUGUGGUCACCCCUAUGCUAAAUCCCUUCAUUGAUAGCAUGAAGAACAGAGACAUUAGUACUACUUGUCAUAGACAUCUCAUACAUGACAGCAGAAAAUAUGUCCCUAUACACUGUUUCCUAAGUAGUCAGAAGGAUUAUGAGGGUAAUAAAUAUGAGGGGAAGAAUGGCAGUAACCAUAGCAUCCCAAGGCGUUACUAA